AUGGAGGAAGAAAGACUCUGGAAAUUCCGCAAGCCAGAAUGGCUUAACAGCAUCUGGGCCCGCAACGCCGGAGUCUACGCCGCAGGCGGCCUCUUCUCCCUCGCCUUCUACGUCAUGCUCGACUCAGCCGUCUGGUCCAAGUCGCCCAAAAACGGCGCCGAAGACGUCCACGUAGCCUUCGUCGACUGGCUCCCCUUCAUCUUCUCCACCCUCGGCAUGCUCAUCAUCAACAGCGUCGAGAAGCAGCGCCUCAGCUCCGACUGGAACAACGGCUUUGGUUCCUCGGGCGUAGCGUGGCAGGCCCGCGUUGUCCUCUUUAUUGGCUUCGCUGCUCUCGCUGGCGGUAUGGCUGGCGGCGUUACUGUCUUUGUUCUCAAGUUUGUUGUGAAGGAUGUGAAGAUGCCUGCCUUGGGCAUGGGUAUUGAAAAUGUUGUUUCGAAUGCGUUGGUCGGGCUGAGCUCCGCGGUGCUAUGGGUAAGCCAGAACAUGGAGGACGAGUACUCGUAUAAUCUCGCUCUAUAA